CCCUCCAUUUCUUUUCUUUUUUUCUUCUCUCUCUUUAUCUCAAAUUUUUUUCUUUCUCUAAGCCAUGGAGAUUGCAAAAUCUCUGCAUUUUUUCCUUUCUCUUCUUCUUCUUCUCUUCGUCGUCGAUGCUCGUUCGAGCUCGUUCGACGUCGUUAAUGGAGAUAAUUAUGAGAAGGCUCUUUUUCAGCUUUUUCAGAAAUUUCCAUGGCAGCAACAGGCAGAAACUACUGUUAAUUGCAACUUUCAGAAGCCAAAGGUAACGGAAGGAAUGGCAACACUGGAAAUGAAACAAAGAGACUAUUGCUCAGGCAAAGUAACUGAUUGGGAAGAGAAUCUUCAAAAGCGCAUAAUCCUCGACGUCAUUAACGUCAAUUCCCUUUUAUCACACUCCGAAUCCGCCAUUUUUCCCGGCCAAACCCACCAACUCUCCGAUUCCCAAAUCCCCAUCUCCUCCGGCGCCAGACUCCAAACCCUCAAUUACAUAGUCACCAUCGGCAUCGGCGGACGGAAUUCAACUCUCAUCGUCGACACUGGCAGCGAUCUCACUUGGGUUCAAUGCCGCCCUUGCCGUCUCUGUUACAACCAACAAGAACCCCUCUUCGAUCCCUCAAAAUCCUCUUCCUUCUUUUCCCUUCCUUGCAAUUCGUCCACCUGUUUAUCUCUUCAACCCACCGCCGGCAGCUCCGACCUCUGUUCUAAGCAAAAUUCAACUUCCUGCGAUUACCAGAUCGACUACGGCGAUGGAUCUUAUUCCCGUGGGGAACUAGGAUUCGAGAAGCUGAAUUUAGGUAAAACCGAAAUUAAUAAUUUCAUAUUCGGAUGUGGGCAGAAUAACAAGGGAUUAUUCGGCGGAGCCUCCGGUUUAAUGGGUUUAGCUAGAAGUGAAUUAUCCCUGGUUUCUCAAACUUCCUCUGUUUUUGGCGGGAUUUUUUCUUACUGUUUACCCACAACUGGAGUUAGAGCUUCAGGUUCUUUAACAAUGGGGGGCACCGAUUUCUCAAAUUUCAAGAACAUUUCUCCAAUUUCCUACACAAGAAUGGUUCAAAAUCCACAAAUGUCGAAUUUCUACUUUCUGAAUUUAACUGGGAUUUCAAUCGGUGGGGUGAAUUUGAAUGUGCCUGGUUUAACUUCAAACGAAGGGAUUAUGAGUUUAAUUGAUUCAGGAACAGUGAUUACAAGGUUAUCUCCAUCGAUUUACAGAGCUUUCAAAGCAGAAUUUGAGAAACAAUUUUCUGGGUAUAAAACAACACCUGGAUUUUCGAUUCUCAAUACUUGUUAUAAUCUAUCAGGGUAUCAAGAAGUGAACAUCCCUACUGUGAAAUUUAUCUUUGAAGGGAAUGCAGAAAUGACUGUGGAUGUUGAAGGAAUUUUUUACUUCGUGAAAUCUGAUGCUUCUCAGAUUUGUUUAGCGUUUGCGAGUUUGGCUUAUGAAGAUCAAACAGUGAUAAUUGGGAAUUAUCAGCAGAAGAAUCAGAGGGUUAUAUAUAAUUCUAAAGAAUCUAAGGUGGGUUUUGCAGGGGAGGCUUGCAGUUUCUAGUUGAGAGAGCAAUUUUCCGGGAAAAUGGUUGAUUUUCCCGGAAAUUUUGUUAUUAAAGAGAGAUCGGACUUGAGAAACUGGGCCUUGGUUGUUUAUUGUAAUGGGUGGGUUGGGUUUGGUAUUGGCUUUGAAGGAAGUGGAAUUCUUGAGAUGAAUUAAUCAUUUCCUCUCAAGAAGAAGAAAGAAUUUGUAUUUGUAUAUUUCCAUUUUUGCUUGUCUUGUAAUCUGUAUAUUUAUUUCAAUUCAAAUAUUAUUCAAAUAUUACCAUUUAUUGAUA